UGCCUAUGGCAUCUCUACUCUACCUAUAAUAUCUCUAUGGACUCUAUGGCCCCAGCAGCCCAUGCAGUCUGGAAACGGAUACCAUAAGAACUGUUCCACGUUCCACGUUCCACGUUCCACAGCACAUUGUCAGUCUAUUCAGGAACUACACUAAUUAUCUCUAAAGUUGAACGUACACAUUUUCAUUCAUUGUGAUUUUAAAAAUGAAAUUCGGAUGGAAAUUCGGAGAGUGCAUGAUAAAUUCAGUUUAUUCGAGUAUGGCACUUUGAAAUAGAAACAAACGUCUUUUCAAUUUAAUCAAGCAUGAUAAUAAAGCGUUUGUAGACUUAUGUUUAUAUAACAUUUUGUUUUCAUCUUUACUCAUAGUAGAACAUUGAUACAGAUACAGGUGUAGUUUGAUCGUUUAAUUCGGGGACACUCUGUAUACUGGCUCUCAGUUCAUUGGGAACUAGCGUCCUCUGAGUGAGUAUCUUGCUCUGAUUUGAACCAUUUGAACUACACUUCAGGAUUGUUUCAUGUGAUAUGCCAGGUUUUGCGCCGUAACAAAGAUGAUUAUUUCGUUAUUUCUCGUUCUUAUAAGUCGCAUAUCAUUAUCAUACAGUGCAGAAAACAUUGUUUUAAUUUUUGCCGAUGACUUAGAUAUAUUUCUCGACGGCAUGACGCCGAUGGAAAAUACGGUGAAUCUAAUUGGAAGCAAUGGGUUAACAUUUUCCAAUUGUUUUGUCGCUUCCCCUAUUUGUUGUCCAAAUAGAGCUUCUAUUUUGACUGGAAGAUAUCAGCAUAAUCAUUUGGUAGUAAAUAAUUCAGUGAGCGGAGGCUGUAAUAGUAUUGAAUGGCAGAAACUUCAAGAACCAAAUACAUUUGCAGCAUAUUUGAAAAGAGAAAUGUCUUAUACAACUUUUUAUGCAGGAAAAUAUCUAAAUCAGUACGGAGAAAGGAGAACUGGUGGGCCAGGUCAUGUACCAAUGGGAUGGGAUUGGUGGGCAGGUCUUGUUGGAAACUCAAAAUAUUACAAUUAUUCUUUAUCUCUAAACGGAACUGAAAUGAAAUUUGAAGAUUACCCAACUGAUUAUCUUACUGAUGUAAUUAGCAAGUUAGCAACAGAUUUUAUUGUGACACGUAAUACAAACAAUGAACCAUUUCUCAUGGUUUUAGCACCACCAGCACCUCAUGCACCUUUUACUCCAGCAAUUCGACAUAUUGACAAAUAUUAUGGAGUGAAAGCUAAAAGAACACCUAAUUUUAAUACUCAGACACAAAUGGACAAACACUGGUUAGUACAAAGAGGGCCAUCUCCGCUUCCUGACAAUUUAUUGCCUGAACUAGAUGAUAUAUAUAGGAAAAGGUGGGAAACACUGUUAGCUGUUGAUGAGCUUGUGGAAAAUGUAUAUAAAUCUUUAAAAGAGCAAGAUCUUUUAAAAAAUACUUACAUUAUAUUUACUUCUGAUAAUGGAUACCAUAUUGGUCAGUUCAGUAUGCCUAUAGAUAAACGUCAACCAUAUGAAACAGAUAUUAGAGUUCCUUUAUUAAUACGAGGUCCAGGAAUUGCACCAGCAAAAAUUUCUGCUCCUGUCAGUACUGUUGACUUAUUUGAUACAAUUUUGAAAAUUGCUGGCAUACAACGUCCAUCGGACGGUACUUCAAUCUUGAAGAAAAAAUUAUCGAAAGAUAGGACCCUUUUAAUAGAAUACAGGGGCGAAAGAUCUACGGGUAUCCCCUCAGAUUGUCCUACUGAUUAUGACGCAAACGUUACAUUAUGUUCAAAAGACAUGGCAUGCAAAUGCCAAGAUGCUGCAAACAAUACUUUCAGUUGCAUACGACGACUAUCUCCAGAGUUUAAUAAUAUCUUCUGUAUUUUCGAAGAUAAUAAGAAUUAUAUCGAGGCCUAUAACGUGACGACAGACCAGUUUCAAUUAGAAAAUAUUGGAUACAGUAUGAAGCCUAAUCACAGGCACAGAUUCAGGAAAAGUCUUAAAAAAAUGAGUGUUUGCGAAAAUGAAGAGUGUGUUGUCACUAAUAUGGAAGCUAUAGAUAUUUAACACUCAAGUAAUUACGAAUCGACUAAAAUCUAUUCCCCUUUUUUUUUAAAUUAACAAUAUGGGUUUUGUGUUAUUUUUUGUUAGUAUAAUAUCAUGUACAUAUCAGAUGUGUAAUGUAACCAACCACGAUUGAAAUAAAUUUUCCGUUUUUUAUAUCA